UGUGUAAGUAGUUUAAAACCGUGAUUAGGAUAAAUUUAGGACAUUGACCUUUGACACGGAAACCAGACGCGGAAAUCUUUGAGCAGCUCAAAUUACGUUCUCUCUCUCUGGAUCUCGAGCGGACUUGACGUUUCGUGUCUGUUAUAGACUUAAAAAUGCGUUACGUGGCCGCUUACCUCCUGGCUGUGCUUGGUGGGAACUCAAACCCCUCUGCCAAGGAUAUCAAGAACAUUCUUGGCAGUGUGGGAAUCGAGGCCGAUGACGAGCGUCUUAACAAGGUCAUCAGUGAACUGAAUGGAAAAGAUGUCAAUGAAGUCAUGAACGCUGGCCUCUCGAAGUUAGCCUCCGUGCCAGCAGGUGGUGCUGUUGCAGCUCCUGCAGCUGCUGGGGUGGUGGCUGCACCUGGGGGAGACGCUCCUGUCGCGGAAGAGAAAAAGGAAGAGAAGAAAGAGGAAUCUGAAGAAUCGGAUGAAGACAUGGGCUUUGGCCUCUUUGAUUAACUUUUCUGUACAUGUUAAAAAAGCAAUAAAAACUGAAAAACAAA